UGCGAUUUUUAGAGAGAGAAAGAGGUUUAGAGAGGAGAGAGAGAGAGAGAGAGAGGUUUCGUUCCGCCUUCUUCUUCUUCUUCUUCUUCUUCUUCUCUCAUCCUCCUUCUUCUUCCUCUUGGUGCUAUAAAAGUCUUCCUCCCUUAAUCUUCCCGUGAUUUCUCUCGACGGAAACUGGUGGGCGUAGAUCCCGUUUGUUUCUGUUCCUGAUCGCGAGCAGAGUUCCUGAUUUCUCUUCGUGAUUUUCCUGAUACGGAUCGCGACUCCUCGCUCUGUCUAUAGGUCCCCCCUCUUCUCCUCCUUCCUCCCUUCCUCUUCCUAUCCUUCUCUCUCCACGAAUUCCUCGCUUUCUCUCUUUCUUGCUCGCUCCCUCCGUCUUUCGCUCUCUCUUUCUCUUUUAUGUCGUUCAGUUAGCGUUUGGAUCUAUUAUUUGCGGAGACCAAAAUCGGGAAAGAAGAGAAGAAAAAGAGGGGUCUUUGGCCUUCUCGGAAUCUGACUUUUAGGCCGGAAUUCUUGUUUCUGCUGAACUGGUCUUGUUUCCGCGCCUUCUUUCUUGGAGUUCUUUUUCUGUGGCGUAUUUGGAUCCUUCAGCCUCUCCGAUGGAGAAUCUGAUGCCUUUGUUCUGAAUUCGCGGCCAGACGGUCGGAUUCCUCUCCGAUUGCGUCUGGAUUCGAGGAGUCGGGGAGGAAUUGGGGUUGCGUCUCCCCUUAGCGUCGAUCGAUUCGUUUGGCUCAUCCAAUAUUUUGUUCAUUCGGGCUUCGUUCCGUCUCCUGAGCAGGCAGCGAUUCGGUUGAGAAGGGAGAGAUCUGGAAGGAUGUUGGAUGGCCAAUCGUGCGUGUUUCGGAGGACGUUCGCGUCGUCGUGCGAUCCUGAACGGGAUUGUUACUUCUCUUCCUGCUCGAUCGAGAUGAGGCGGGGUUCGGAUGGAGAACAGGAAGCUGGUGACGGUGAUGCGGGUGGGCCUACCGGAGGAGGCGGUGUCCGCGGCAAGAGACGCCGUAUUCGGCCGUUCCCUGAGAAAAGCCUCGCUACGUCACCAGGGCUAUCGGAUUCGAGCCCCGCGUGCCCAAGCGACGACCGAUCCGACCAGCAGGAACCGAACUACUCGACGGACGGCGCGCUGAUCAACGGGCUCAAUCGGGACAUGUCCAUCAAUUGCCUCGUCCGAUGCUCGAGAUCGGACUAUGGAUCGAUCUCCUCUUUGAGUCGAAGCUUCAAUUCUCUUGUUCGGUCGGGGUUGCUCUACCGACUGAGGCGGGAGCACGGGAUCGUGGAGCACUGGGUUUACUUUGCCUGCAGUUUGGCGGAGUGGCAGGCGUUCGAUCCCUACAGGCAACGGUGGAUGCGUCUCCCUCGGAUCCCCUCUGGCGAGUGUUUCACCUGCUCCGACAAGGAAUCGCUCGCCGUCGGCACAGAAUUGCUCGUGUUCGGCAAGGAUGUCAACUCCGUUGUUAUCUGGAGGUACAGCAUCCUCACGAACUCUUGGUCCCCCGGUCCAUCUAUGGAGUCACCGAGGUGCUUGUUCGGGUCGGCAAGCCUCGGCGAGAUCGCCAUCGUGGCUGGUGGGUGCGAUAUCAAUGGAAGGAUCUUCAGCUCUGCUGAGAUGUACAAUUCGGAGAAAGGGCGUUGGGUCGCUCUUCCGAGCAUGAAUUCGCCGAGGAAGAUGUGCUCUGGGUUCUUCAUGGACGGAAAGUUUUAUGUUAUAGGCGGUCUGAAGAGCUUGACGGAGCCGCUGACUUGCGGGGAAGAGCUUGAUUUGAAGACAAAGACGUGGAGAACGAUUCCGGAUAUGUCUCCUUGUAAGGGAGAGUUGGCCGGGGCGCCUCCCCUGGUUGCUGUUGUGAACAACGAGCUCUAUGCAGCCGAUUAUUCAGAAGCCAAUGUUAUAAAAAAAUAUGAUAAGAAGAACAACACUUGGCACGUCGUCGGAAGGCUGCCUGAGAGGGCAGAUUCGAUGAAUGGUUGGGGCCUGGCAUUCAAAGCUUGUGGCGAUCGGGUGAUUGUUAUUGGAGGGCAAAGAGGUCCCGGCGCGGGGCACACGGAGUUGAAUUGGUGGAAGCCGGCAGAAGGGCCGCCGGAGUGGGAUCUGCUUGCAAGAGAGGCAUUGGGAAGUUUUGUCUAUAAUUGUGCAGUAAUGGGCUGUUGAGACAUUGGUGGUGCUGUUUGCAGACCAUUGGGCUCAUCAAAUAUCUGAUUCAUCAAACUGAGAUCAUUUUCGGUGCUGAAUAAUGGGUUAGGAGAACCCGUGAUGUAUAGGGUCCGUGAUUUCUGUUCAUGGGCAUGAAGCUCCAGCUGAUGGUAAUUGAACUGCCGCCGCCAUCUUUCCUUUUUCCUUCUCUCAAUUCUCAUUUGACGGGUACUCAAGACCUGAUAGAAUGUUUCUUUCAAGGAACCUUGAGUGAGUUUUCCCUUAUUUUCUCCUUUUUAUCUUCUUCUUCUCUCAUUAUUGAAGUUCGAUUUUGUAGCAAACAUCAAAAUUACUCUCCUUAUCUUUUACUAUGUGAUCUUCGGAAGAUUGGCUGGUACAGGGACUGAUUAAUAAUUUGCAAGACCUGUACAUUUUUUCCAAGCUUGGUUCCCUUUACUCAAGCUUUUGGUAGGAAGGAAUCCUCUUCGAGAUCAUUCUGCAACACACAAAUGUUUUUAUUGAUUGCUGGCGUCUAUGCAGUCUGGGAGGGUGAAACUGAAAGAUGCUUGAAGGGCUCGAUUCUUUGUCUUCUAUUCUUUGGUCUGUGGAUGUAGCCGAAUGUUCUCAUGCCAUUGUAUGUAAUUUUUAUCAAGAUGGAACCUGCCAUCUUGCUUACUCUAGCAUUAAUCUUGUGAACUUGCUUAUAUUUGAUGGGCCUUUAUUUAUCCAGAAAAUCCACCUUUGUUUGACAGGGAAUAAAUAUCUGUCAAGCCAGCUGUAUAACUGGAUUAUUUCUUGUUCA